AUGGCAUCUGCACCUGCCGCUCCUACGGCGCCUUUUGUUGCAGUCGUACUGAAUAGUACAGAAAAUGUUUCUGAGUUGGAAAUCAUAGAAGCGAUCAAUCAUGCCAAAAGUGACGUAAAGCACUUUUUUAAUCUUAUUACAUCGCGCGAUCUCAUUAUCUGCCUGGCCCUAAUAUGCGGCUUCUUAUUAGCACUAUCUCUAGGGCUGUUUUUCCGAUUGAGGUACAAGAAGCAGAUCAUUGUAAAGCUGCAAGAAGAACUUACUGAAGCCAAGAAAGCCGAGACUAACGCAGCCGAGGCAAACUCUUCACCUCACACUAUUAUUGAUUCGAUGCCCGCAAUUACAUCGGAUCAGAAAAGUCGCAAGUCAGAAACGCAUUUGAGUCCAUCGGUUAUCAACGGCCAGUUGUAUAGUAUAGAUUCAGAGAAUGCUUCUAAUACAAUCAGUCGAGUACCAUCUAAUAACUCUCAGGAUAGUGGAUUUGGUAGUGCACUAUCCCGCCGGACACACCCGGUAGGAGAUCUCCGGUCAGUUGGUACUCGCCUAACCACCCGCUCAGACACAGACAAGGGCAAGCAACAGAGCCACCAAAAAACAAGGCCCCCGGCCAUUCCUCUACCGACCACACCAAAUGUCGAGGCAAUGCUAAUUAGCAAAGUGCAGGCGUAUGUUGAUCAACAUCCAGAAGUAUUGUCAGAGGUUGAGCCACAACUUAAAUCAUUAGAGGAACUUCAGGAGGCUAUUUUCCAGAUAGAAGAUGGGAGAAAGGUAGUGUUAGAGCAGGUAACAGAUGGGGUUGAAAAUCUUACCAACAAACUCAUGAGUUCAUUGGCCAGUUUCAAAUCGAAUGCAAUAGCCAACAAAGAAAAGUAUCAGAUACAAGCUGAACAGGUAACUGCUGCUUAUCAGCAAAGCCUUGCCGAGACCAUAUCAAUCCUUUCUCCUGCUACAUCCAAGCAGGUAUCUUCAGCCUCACCAGAAGUUAACAAUUCAGCCGGUCAGCCGAAUAAAGAUAAACCCGAUUCCCCCGCCCCUACUGCCUUGAACACGGCGGCUGAGACUACAGUGGCUGAAACCACAGCGACAUCGUCUGCGUUAUCCAAUUAG